CCAAACCAUCUCCUCCCAUGGUGUCAGGCCCCAUGGCCAGGGCCUCUCCGGGUCAGACAGUGAACUUCACCUGCAAGUCCCACGGCUUCUCCCCCAGAAACAUCACCCUGAGAUGGUUCAGAAACGGGAAUGAACUGGCAGCCUCCCAGACCAGUGUGGACCCAGAGGGAAAGAGAACAUCCUACAGCAUCUCCAGCACAACCAGACUGGUGCUGGCCCUGGGGGAUGUCCGCUCCCAGGUCAUCUGCGAGGUGACCCACGUGACCCUGCAGGGGGGCCCUCCUCUUCGUGGGACUGCCAACCUGUCUGAGGUCCUCCGAGUUCCGCCCACCUUGGAGGUUUCCCAGCAGCCCCUGUCAGGGGACCAGGUGAAGGUAACUUGCCAAGUGAAGAAGUUCUACCCCCAGCACCUCCAGCUGACCUGGCUAGAGAAUGGCAACGUGUCCCGAACAGAAAAGGCCUCAAGGGCCUCGAACCUCCUAGAGAACAAGGAUGGGACCUUUAACUGGACGAGCUGGCUCCUGGUGAACUCAUCUGCCCACAGGGAAGACGUGGUGUUCACCUGCCUGGUGCAGCACGACGGGCAGCCCGCAGUCACCAGAAACCAUACCCUUGUGGCCUCUGCCCACCAGAAGGACCAGGAAACCCAUAAUACCCAGGAGUCAAGGCCAUCUACUCCAUUCUUGAUGGCUGUCACCCUGGGCCCGAAGCUAUUGCUGCUCAUCACUGUCUCUGCCAUGUAUGUCCACAGGAAGCGAGCACCCAAUUGUGUCCCAGGAGGAAAAUAG